GUCGCCAGCGAGCUCUACAACGAGGUAGUGAUUUAAACAGUCUAGAAAUAGCUUGAUAUAAAUAUGGCGGCGAGUACUAAAUCUGCUGCUAGACGGCCUACUCCCAACCUACCUGUGAGGGUCGCCUACGAUAGAUUUGAAUUCAACCCAUGCGGAACCAAACUGGAUGUACUAAUAAGACAGGACCCAUCGAGAGCCCAGAGAAUACAUGACAUUUCACAGAAAACCAACGACGAGGCUGAGCGACUGUUGCGACAUGGUCGUUACACGGGACAUCAAUCAGCUUUUCGACAUGCUCUUUUGAUGUACCGCAUUGCCUGUGAGUUUGGAGCUGAUGUCGCUAAGUCAUUCGGUGAUGCACACGAGUUGGCAUCAUCUGGAUCAUUGGGUGAACGCUUAAUGAACCUUUACAACAACUGGGUAGGGCGUACUUUAGCAUGUGAUCCAGCACACAAGGGAAAAUUGAAUAAAGGUGAUAUCAAUUUAAUAUGGGAAGCGCUCCAUGCCGGUCAUCUUCAAACACUGGCUGACUCAACGUACGCUCCCUUACCCACGGAUAAGAAUAAAAUUGGUUCUAAAACUUAUCAUGGUUUUCUGUGAGGCUAAAUAUGCCAUGGGAUGGAUGGGUGUCAGUGUGUGCGGGUUGGGUACUAAUUGGGUUGGGUUUGUUUUACUGUGAAUAUAUGUAUUUGUAAACACACGUCGAUAAAUUCAGACAUUUGAUUAUUGUUCUCGUGUUUUUGUUAAGUUGUAAACAUAAGUCUAUUUUGCUAUGUACUUUACAAUCAUAAUAUCAAUAAUAAAAUUAAUAAUUACGUGAUACAUUAAUAUGCAAUGUACUAACCCCAUGAUGUUUUCAUAUUUCACGCAGAUCAGUCCUUACAUUCAUUGUGUCCUGGUCUGAUAUCCAAACUUUAGCUAAUAAUAAACCACACCAUUGUAUAUAUAUAUAUUCAAUGACACCAUGACGAUAGCCACAGGCUCGGGUGAAGUCUAAUAUCUGACAGUUGCACAACCACGAGUACAUUAUCAAU